AUGGCUGCUCACAAUGAGUCUGAGAAGAAAUCAAGUGAUUCUGUGAAUGAUUUGCAAACAUUCAGAGCUGAAAAUUUGCAAAGUAACAUGAAAGUUAUAUAUUACAGUCGAACAUUUUUGUCUAUCAUUGGUGGUGUAAUUGCUGGAAUUUUGGGAUUCACUGGCUUGGCUGGAUUUGUCCUUUAUUUUCUUAUUAUGGCAAUCACUUCAAUUGCUCUCAUAGCUAAGGCAAAGUUUUCCAUUCAUGCAUACUUUGACUCCUGGAACCGGGUUGUACUUGAUGGCUUUUUGGGUGGGCUUAUGUCGUUCGUGCUGUUCUGGACAUUUGCUUAUGACAUCAUUGAUAGUUUUUAUUGUCCUGCGAAAAUUGCUGAGAAGCGUGCUUUGCUUUUUGCGGAUGGUAGUGCCGGAAAAGCUGUAUAG